AUGACGCUGUCUUUCCUUUUCCUUGCGGACAAUGUGACUAUAUGUCUGCUUGCGAAAGGGUUAGAGCAUGGAAUUAAAGGCAUAGUAUAUCAGCAGCCACCCGUCGGCUUAGGGAAACACGUCAUGUGCGGUCAGAACGGGCUACGUCGACUGUCGGAUACACAGUGCUCUACGUCCUGGCCCUCGGCGCGACCACCAUGGUCACCAGCACUGAGGCUCCGGCAGCGGUGCCAAUCUCCUCAAUAUCGACUAUGCUUGCUGUAA